CCUUUUCUGUUUACAAAGAUGUUCCUUGGAUUCAUAAACUUGACAAUUUUAUUUCUUUAAUUUAUAAUAGCUAUUGUAAAGUUAAAUUAGUUAGAAUUUGUUUUGGUCAUCAGAUUAUUGCUAAAACUUUAGGCGGAAAAACUCUAAAAAUCAAUUGGGAUGGAGGAACAUGUAACAAAAAUGCCAUCAAAUUUUAUCAAUUGGGGAAGUACAGAUGUAUCAAAAUACAAGGAAUGUUUAAAGAAGAACAUGUCUUGACUGUUCAAGCUCAUCCUGAAUUUGUUAGUGGAAGAGGUGAAGGAAAUAAUUAA